AUGUCCAAAGGCGGCCGCUUCGCUCGCAUUGCGCGCGACUUGGAGAAGCUCCCGCCGGAGCUCAUCGAGCCCGUCCUCGCGGACCUGGAGUACGGCCAAAUCGUCCGCGUCUCUCAAUUCGGCGGACCACGCGUGACGUGGGCCAUCGAGAACAGCCCGGCAUGGUCACGCUUCUUCCGCGGCAAGCUGCCGGUGCUGCAGCAGCUCGACGACCUCACCAACGAGCUCAUCACCCUCUGCUACUCCACCGGCGGCUUCAAAAAUUCUCCCUGGUACGACCAGCUCAGCUUCCUCCGCUACCAAAAGGACAACUUCCGCUUCAAAUACCCCACCGACUGGGCCAGCCACUGGGCGUCGAUGGUGCGCGGCAGGCUGCACUCCGUCGCGCAGGACCUGUACCCCAACUUCACCGAGACGGCCUACUUCCUGUUCCCCGCAGGCACGCCCCUCAACGCGAACGAGACCGAAGAAGUCGAGUUCUUCAUCGACACCGCCUUCACGCUCUACUCCCUGAAGACGAACAACUGGCCCGCAAACGUCCCACCGCUCCCCGUCCUGGCGCGCUGGAUCGCCCUCUACAAGCGCGUCCGCCACGCCCGCCUCGCCGCGCAGGCCGCCGAGCUGGACCGCCUGGUCGCGCUGCACGAGCGGCACGCGGACCGCGUCAAGCAGCCGUGGGCCCCGCAGACGCGCCGGCCGAACCCGGACCACGUCGUCGCCGGCUUGCGCCGCGAGGCGGCCCGGCUGAAGCGGAGGAACGUCGACGGCCGCGUCUGGCACGGUAGGGAGUUGUCCGGGUAUCGGUUCCGCCCGGCGUUCGCGGCGCUGGUGCCGUAUGAUUGGUGCUUGCGGCUGUUCUGCGAGGUGCUCAAGCGGCAUCCGGUGCCCGAGGAGGAAGAAGAAGAAGGCCUUGCGGAGGGUCGUGGGGAUGGGGAGAGCAGCGUCUACCCGCCGAAGGUAGUGGAGAUGAUGCGGGAGGCUCUGGAGGGUCUUCCCUCGUUUUACCAUGUGUAUGGGGAGAGGAUGCUGGAUCCGAGCAGGCCUGAAACACUGCGUACCGCCCGCACGCCGUGGUCUGUGUCGGAGCCGGCUGAUGGCAGAGAAGGUAGGUUCUUGACCAAGAGGGCGCGGGGUAAAAACCCGUUUCCGCAUAGUGACAACGAGCUUCGCUGGUUGGAGACCUUUGUUGAAGUCAUUCUCUGGAUGGAGGAGCACUUUCCUUCUUUGGUCAAUGAAGUGAGAGGGGAAGAGUGGGAGGAUUGUCACGGCAUUGAAGCAACAAAGAGACGAAGAGAGGAACGGAAGCGGAGAAAAGAGGAGUUGGUAAAGGAAGCAAGAAGCAGAGAGAACGGUGCCAAGACAUAG